AUGAAGAUCUUCUCUGCUAUCCUCGCUUUGGCUGUUGCCGCCGUCUCUGCUGAUAACAUUGUCAGCGUUACCUCUCCCUUGACCGGCACCGUCUACACUGCCGGAAAGUCCGCCAUCAUCAGCUGGGUUAACCCCACAGUCGACCAGAUCUCCCAGAUCGUCUUCUCCCAGGGCCUCUCUACUGCCCUCCAGCCCGUUAGCGUCAUUGCUACCAACGUUGACGCCUCCUCUGGCACCUACACCUGGGAAAUUCCCGCUGAUACCCCUGCCGGUACUGACUACGCCUUUGUCUUCGGCACCUCCCCCAACCAGUCCUACACCGGUCAGUUCACCGUCAAGAGUGCCGCUGAGUCCUCUGUAGCUGCCUCUGCUGCUGCACCUGCCGCCGAGUCCUCUUCUGCUGCCCACGGUGGCCACGGUGCCGCUUCCUCUGCCGCUCCCUCUGCCGCUGUCUCCAGCAGUGGAUCUGGCUACCACGGCCACGGUGAUGCCUCUUCCUCUGCCGCCGCUGCUGAAUCCAGCACUUCCUCUGACCACCACGGUGGCGGUGGCUACAGCAGCGCUGCUUCCAACAACGUUGCUGCCGUCGGUGUCGUUACCUUGAUCGGUGCUGCCGUCGCUGCCCUCAUCUAA